AUGUUUCCAAAAACCCCUGUGGCUGCCACGUCGCGUAAACAGGCGUCUUUUCGCGACGAGAACGCGUUGCUGCCUGGAAAAUCUGCGCUCGACAACGGCAACCCCACGAAACCGGCGUCCAAAAACAAGCAGUUUGUGACCCCCACCCAGGUCACCCGACGAGUGCCUCUGGGCGGCAAAGACGUUAACAAACACAAUUCGGGGCAGUCCCAGAGUCAGCUUUCUCAGGCUCAACCCCAGCAAAGCCAGCUUAGUCAGUCGCAGCAGCUUAGUCAUUCACAAGGACUCAGUCACCCACAAGGACUGGGUCACCUCAAAACGGGACUACACUCGACCGGACGGUCGAGUAUGCGAGCGAGUGCUCGAAAACGACUUCAGGUGCGCAACGACAAUGCGGCUCCUCCAGCGGAAACCAAACACGUCGGAUUACCUCGGCAUUUGUGGGCCACGACGGAGGUGGAGCUGAUGCCUCCCAAGGAGCCUGAUGCGGCGCCAGACGUGUUUGAAGAAUGGACUUUGGACGACGACAUUCUGGGUGAUACAGACGUGCUGGCUCCCGCUCGGGGCAAGCGCAAUUCGCUGGAUCUCGACUGGGAUGAACUGGACCAGUUGUUGCCCGAAUCUCCGGUGAAUUCAAAGGGGGGAGCCACCAGUACCCCUAAGCGGGAUCAUGUGCCCAGAAACUUGCCUAGAAACGACGUGACCAGAAAUGUGACCCAGCCGGUCCGAGCCAAAUCCCGUGAGGCGUCUUCUUCGACUUCUUCAGUUCACGUGACUGGACUGCCCGUCAAGAGCAAGCCCAUUGCGAAACCGUUUUCGCGACGUCCCGCUCGGGCCAUGGUUCCUUCGGCCCAGCUCAGAAACAAGGAGAAUGUUCCGCGACCGGCACCCGCAUCGGUGACGCCAGUUCGGUCCUCCACUCCGUCGAGAAUUCCAGUGAAGAAGAAUUCGACGCCAACUGCUUCUUCGACAACCCCCAGAAAGGCCGCCGUGACGCCGGUGCGACCUACGCACAACUUUAUGAACCCGACCAAGUCGGCUGAGGCCAAGAUGCGAGUCAAGGUGGAGACUCCGACCAUGAAUGUCACUCCCAACAGAGCUUCUCCGCGAGCCCGAGGGGGUCGGGGGUCCAGAAUGGCAUUCAGUGACACUCUGAGACCGUCGCCAGUGGAGUCCGGUGUGGAGUCUGGUUUGGAGAAGUCCGAUGGGCCCGAUAACCGACCCACCACCGCAGACUCGAACUGGAGUAACAUUACCGACCCCAUGGAUCGGUUUUCGUUCGAGGAGGACUAG